CAGCUCGGUCACUGGGAAAACACGCGUCCACCUCGUGGUGUUGUUUGUCCCUCCUGCCUGUCCGUCCAACAGCCGGGGAGGCGGAGCGCAAAAGACACACUUCCUGACGCGUCCACUUCCGCUCCUCUCCCGGAACUGCCGCGCCCCGCGGUUGUCAUGGAGACAGGACGCGAGUCCGGGGGAAAGCGGUGGCGGGAGAGUAGCAAAGGGCCAAGCACAGUGGCGGCCUGGUUAUUCCGACAGACCCCGGCCCGCGCUCAGCUGCAGCCCUCGGCGUCAGACGCUGCCUUUGCCCAACACUUGCUACCGCCGCGCGAGGGGCCCGGGAAGCGCCGCGGUUUCCGGCCUCGCCUGCAGCAGCCUCAGCUUCCCGCUUCUCCCUCCGGCCCCAGCGUCCUCGGGAUGAACGUUGAUGUGGUUGGGAGGAUCCGUCCGAGUCGGCCGGGGGAGCAGGAGCUCGGGCUGCACAUCCCCUGGUCCGGAAAAGCUGUUUCUGUGGCCCCUGGUGGAGAAGGGAUUUCAUUCAGUUUUCAGGAGCUGUUUGAUGGUAGAGCCACCACACAAACUGUCUUCUCCAAGGCCUUGCAGCCAUUGCUGAGCAUAUUUGCUGAGGGGAUGAAUGUGAACUUCAUGACCUUUGGAGAGUCUGACUCCAGGAAGUGGCACUUGCUGACGGGUGACAGAAGUGACCGCUCAGGCCUCAUCCCUCUGAUAAUUGAUAACCUAUUUGGGGAGCUUUUGACUGAAAAGAGAUUAACACUUGGUUCUUCAUCUCACAAGUGCCAGAAUGGGUCUGCCAUUUGGUCCCUUUCUAUGUCCAUGUAUGAAAUACAUAUUGAGGUGCUGAAAGAUCUUCUCCAGAAACCUGGACCUGAUGCCACUAAUUUAGAGCUGGCAUACUCUGCUCAAGAUGGAGCCUAUAUCAAGGGGCUGUCCCUGGUGAGUGUGUCCUCAGCAGCAGAAGCCACUACAGUGUUUCGCCAGGGCUGGGCACGCAGAACUGGGGCUGUGAGUGACUACGGACCAACUUCAAAUCAUUCCAGCAUCAUCACUCAUUUCAACCUGCAGGUGCAUCUUCCUAAUGAGCCCUACCCAGUUAGGUCCUGGCUGAAAAUUGUGGAUCUCCCUGGAGCAGAGAACCUUACUGAGAACCUGUUGGCUGGGGGUGUAAGAGAAAAGCCUUUGCUGAACAAAUCUAUGCUGGCGUUCUACCAGGUUGUGAAUGAGCUGGCAGGCUCCCCAUAUCCUGAUCGAGUUAUCAAUUACAGUGAUUCCAGAUUGACUCAAUUGCUGGAAGAAGCCCUGGGUGGAAACAGCAAGACCAGAGUUAUUUGUUGUCUGUCUCCCUCCCUAGAUUCCUGGCAUCUAGCCACCAUGCUGAAAAUGUGCAUAGCUCUCUCACAAGUCAAGAACUUCCCUGUUGUAAAUAGCUAUUGUAUGGAGUCCUUGCUUACUCAGUACCGUGCAAAGCUUCUCUCUCUCAAACACCGACCCUAUGAACACAUGGAUCCUAGAAGUGGUGUGGAGAGCGAAAGCAUGAGUGCUCUUCAGGAGCAGGUUCAGUGCCUCACUCAUGAAAACGUGCAACUGCAGGAUAGGAACGAGAGACUGUAUGCAAAGCUUGGAGAACUGCAGGAAAAGAUGGGGAAGCUGGCAGGUUCCAAAACAGAUUUGUCAUCCAGACUGGUUUUCAAUGAAGAGGAGAAACUUAAGAUUUCCAAGGACCUCAUUGAUCUCCAGAUUGAGACAAACAAAAUGAGGGAGCAGUAUGAGGCAGAGAAUUUUGAACUGAAAAAUAUGAUUCUGACUCUGGAGAACCAUAUUCUGGAGUUGGAGCUCCAUGAUGAGAAGGUCACUGGGGAACGCGAUGCCCUACAGGAGCGCCUGCUGGCUAUGGAGACCAAUCGCAAGGAGCUGGCUGAUGAGUACAUCAUUCUGAAAAGCAAUUAUCUGGCCCUGGGCAAAGAGCAUGAAAAGGAGGUUGCUAAGAAUGAGACGCUGAGUCUAGAGCUGUUGAACCUGGCCAGUGCCAGGAACAACCUUCCCCAGCCACAGAAUAACUACUCCUCGAGCCGAGCCACAGCCCAUGAAACCUCUGCUGAGCUGGAGAGAGUACGUGCAAUGGUUCAUCACCUCUCUGCCCGUAAAGUGAAGCCAGAAGAUGUAGUUGCCUCUGAAUAUGAACGUCGAAAGCUAGAGAGAAACUUGCUUGGAAACCAGGAUCACAUAAAAGCUGAGAUUGAAAAGAUGAAGAAAACAUAUGACUCGCAGCAGCAGAAGUUGGAAGACAGAGUGAUUGCAAUGGGGAAGGAGCUGCAGGAGGCCAAGAAAGCAAUUCGCAACACCCAGCACAAACUGGCAGAGCAGUCAGCGGUUCUGCUCACCUCUCAGAGUCAGCUUCAGGAGGUGGAGGCAGAGAAUUCCCGACUGCAGCUGCAACUGAAAGAGCUGAAUGAGGAGUAUCGCUCCCGUCUCACUCAGUACAUCAAGNGUUUAAAGGAAUAUGUGGACAGCAAAUCAAAGGCUUCCAAGGGGCCUGGCAAAGCACCAGCUGAUCGUGCCCAUAUGAAGCCGUUUGUGGACAGCAUGCUCAAGGACAUUCGGGCCUCCCAUAAAUCCCGGGAGGAGCAGCUGGCUGGAGCUGCCCGUGGGUACAAGAAGCGCAUGCAGAACUUGGUCAAGAAGCACGAAAACCUCUUGAUUGCUUACAGGAUGCAGCGUGAGCAGAUCCAGUCCCUUGGCAGCCGUGAGCUAGAUCCUGGCCCCCCCGAGUUCCAUUUCAUCAUCACAGACACAGAACUGCUGACAGGCACAAUGCAGGAAUUAAAUAGGCUGCGAGAGGACAAAGAAAAACUGGAGAUACAGCUGCAUGAACUGCAGGAGAAGAAAAGACUGAGUGAAACAUCUGGCCUAGGGCUAUCUCCUCAGCACAAGCUAGAUGAGGAGGGCUGGGCAGAGAUCAGGAAGCAACUCCGGGAGUUCACACACACUACCCAGGAAGAACUGGAGAAAGAGAGAAGCCAGCUGCUUACUCGGGCAAUUGUGGCGGAAGAACAGGUGCUGGAACUUCAGGAGUAUGUGGAUAAGCAUCUUGCAAGGUACAAGCAGGAGAUUCUGAGGUUAAGGAAACUCCUGGGGAAUGAUGCACCACGAGCAUUCAGUGCUGGGGCUUCUGAUGUUCCUUUAAUGCAGAGACCCCAAAAGACCAUCAGCCAUGAACUGUAGCUGUUUGCUGGGGCUCUGCAAGACAGGGGCCAUUAGGUUUUCACAGGCGAGACAAGGAUUUUAAACAGUGCCUUUCUGUUGGUCUUGUUUGUGGGGCUACAUCCAGAGGUAAUGUGCUUGGACUUAUGGUCUUCCUUGUGGGGACCUCUUGGGUAGGGCUAGGAUUUGCUGAGAAGGAAACUGAAUUGAGACGACUAAAAUCAUAUUGAAGCUCUAUGUGUUUACUCCCUCCGUGCUUCGUUCUGUCCCACUUCUCUCCCUUUACCAACCCACAAGCAUUAGCUACUUGUGGGAGUGCUGAGCACCAGAAAAGCACUGGUGCUGUUCCUUUGGACUGGGGCAGAAGAUAGGGCUGAAAAGCAAACCCUUCAUUCUGCCCUGGAGUUAGAGGUUUGC